GCCGACAUCGCAAACUAUCGCCUACAUUGCUUCCCAGGUCAUGUCGGACGUCGAGCACCUCAGAAGCCUUCUGAAGGCCCAUCCUGACUUCCCUAAAAAGGGUAUCGUCUUCCUAGAUAUCUUCCCCAUUCUUCGGGAUCCUGUAGCCUUCGAGACGCUCAUCACCCACUUCGUAUACCGCUUGACGUCUCAUACCAUCCCGAACUCGCCGUCGAAGAAGGUAGAUGUUGUCGUCGGGCUUGAUGCGCGAGGCUUCCUCUUUGGGCCCAUCAUCGCCUUGAGAUUGGGGGCCGCCUUCGUGCCUGUGAGGAAGAGGGGCAAGCUUCCUGGCGAGUGCGUGACAGCCACGUACGAGAAGGAGUAUGGCUCCGAUUCGUUCGAGAUGCAGGCCGAUGCUAUUCAGCCUGGACAAAAUGUGAUCGUCAUCGACGAUUUGAUUGCCACCGGGGGUUCGGCGAAGGCGGCAGGCGAACUGGUCACGAAGAGGGGCGGCAAGGUCCUAGAGUACCUCUUCGUGAUCGAGCUGACAUUCCUCAAGGGUGCUCAACAACUGAAUGCACCUGUAUAUUCGAUGGUGAAGGCAGAUGAUUGAGGGGACCCCUUAGACGGCCUAGGAACAACGCGUCACCAUGUACUAUAGGCAGGCCCAUUGUAGAAGAGGCGACGUGCGACUCACACCAUUAAU